GACACGUGAGAGAAAACGCUGAUCAAAGAAAAAGUGGCGGAACAAAACAAACAGACCAAUUGAUUUUGUCCAGAAUUCAAGGUUAUUGUUGCAGGCGUAGAUAACUAGGCUUGCCGAGUGUGUUCCUUAGGAAUCGAGAAUCUAAGAUUCGUUGAAACAAAACAUUCUCUCUCUCUCUCUCUCUCUCUCUCUCUCUUUCGCAGUGUGAAUUUGUUAAAUUGUUGUUCCUUCCUGAGUUCCCACUUUCACCUCAUCCAAACACAAGAAAUGGGGAUUCAGAAGAUAAAGGUUGACAACCCCAUCGUUGAAAUGGACGGAGACGAAAUGACACGAGUAAUUUGGAAAUUGAUAAAAGAUAAGCUUAUUUUCCCUUAUUUGGAGUUGGAUAUUAAGUAUUUUGACCUUGGCCUUCCUCAUCGAGAUGCCACGAAUGAUAGAGUUACUAUUGAAAGUGCUGAAGCUACACUCAAGUAUAAUGUAGCUAUCAAAUGUGCAACCGUAACUCCAGAUGAAGCUCGUGUCAAGGAGUUUAAUUUAAAACAAAUGUGGAAGAGCCCAAAUGGGACAAUCCGGAACAUUUUAAAUGGCACUGUUUUUAGAGAGCCGAUUAUCUGUAAAAACAUUCCUCGUCUUGUUUCAGGCUGGACAAAGCCAAUAUGCAUUGGAAGACAUGCUUUUGGAGACCAAUAUCGGGCAACCGACGCAGUUAUAAAAGGCCCAGGAAAGCUAAAAUUGGUGUUUGCACCCAGUGGGCAUGAAGAAAUUAAGGAGCUAGAGGUCUAUAACUUUACUGGUGCUGGAGGCGUAGCUUUGUCCAUGUAUAAUACUGAUGAGUCCAUUCGAGCUUUUGCUGAGGCUUCAAUGAACGUUGCUUACCAGAAAAGACGGCCACUCUAUCUUAGCACUAAAAAUACUAUUCUAAAGAAAUAUGAUGGAAGAUUCAAGGACAUUUUCCAGGAAGUUUUUGACACUCAAUGGAGUCACAAGUUCAAAGCCGUGGGGAUAUGGUAUGAACACCGUCUUAUAGAUGAUAUGGUUGCCUAUGCUCUUAAAAGUGAUGGAGGUUAUGUAUGGGCCUGCAAAAAUUAUGAUGGGGAUGUGCAGAGUGAUUUCUUAGCUCAAGGAUUUGGUUCUCUUGGAUUGAUGACAUCAGUACUGGUUUGCCCAGAUGGAAAAACCAUUGAAGCAGAGGCAGCCCAUGGUACUGUUACCCGUCAUUAUCGGGUUCAUCAGAAGGGAGGUGAAACCAGCACAAACAGUAUUGCAUCAAUUUUUGCCUGGUCAAGAGGUCUUGCACAUAGGGCAAAGUUGGAUGGGAAUGCUAGAUUGUUGGACUUCACAGAGAAACUGGAAGCAGCAUGCGUUGGAACUGUUGAAUUGGGAAAGAUGACAAAGGAUCUUGCACUUCUUGUUCAUGGACCUAAGGCUUCUAGGUCUCAGUAUUUGAAUACUGAAGAGUUCAUUGAUGCUGUAGCAGAGGACCUUAGAACAAGAUUAUCCACAAAAGCAAAGCUGUAGAGUUCAAGAUAAAUGUGUCCAAUAAAUGUUUGCCUCCAAUGGUUCUGCUUAUUUAUUCAUGACUAGUGCCUUUUCCAUUUUCUGUAAUUUAUACCUUUCAUUUUAAAUAAGAGGUAACAGGUUGGAUUCAUAUAAUUAACCUCUUACAAGUGUAACUUACAACUGCCUUCUAUAGACCCUUUCUCUGAAUCCUUCGGAUAGUGGGAGCUUUAUAGCAUUAGGGUGUCCUAUGCCUUUCAAUUUAACUAUAGGUUUAUCAUUAUUCUCAUGUGGACUGGUGCAUGCCAAUCUCAUAAGUGACAGUGUUACUA